AUGUCUCUUGAAAAUGCCUUCUAUACCUUUGCCUCCUUUGGUGGUGCUCCCACGAAAGAGAUGGACAAUUCCCACUUCUCCAAGAUGCUUAAGGAGACGAAGAUCAUUGGCAAGACCUUCACCAGCACGGAUGCCGAUCUUCUCUUCAACAAGGUAAAGGCAAAGGGAGCCCGCAAGAUGACCUACAACGAGUUCACCACCCGCGCCCUUCCAGAGAUCGCCGCGAAGCUGAAGAAGUCCGUGGAGGAAGUCACCUCCAUGCUCGAGAACGGCAUGCCAGAGGCCCACGCCACCAAGGCCGACAACGUCAAGUUCCACGAUGAUAAGAGCACCUACACCGGCGUCUACAAGGCGGGCGGGCCAACCAACGUCGACCGCAAUGCGGGCUCACUCGCCGGCGUUGUGGACCGCCGCGUCUCGCAGACAGACGUUCGCGGCACCACCGCCACGCAGAAGUAA